AUGUCUGACUCUAAUCAAACUCAGUUUAUUCAAGAGUACCAAUACGCCGACUCUUCUGAAGGCCUCCUUUUUUACGACACGGCUAUCGCCUUCUCCCAGGAAUACCAAGUCGUCUGGAGCCGUGGAGUUACGGGGGCCAGCGCUAUAUACAUAGCUCUUCGUUACUCCAACCUGACAACUGCAGUAAUGACCCUUGCCUUACUUGCUGUACCAUCCUGCGCAGUUGUAUAUCUUAAAGUCGGUGUUUACGGGCGCUUUAUGCUUUGUGUACCUUUCACAAUCAGUAUUUGGCUUCCCAGAUCACGCCAGUGGAUACAAUAUUGUCUUGCGGAGGCUCGAAGAUCUCUGCUACCGAGAAUAGAAAAGAUGAUACAACAGUGCGAGCGCAAUGAAUUCACCUAUGUGCUUGCCAUUGACAUUUCCGCUCUCAGGAUCAGCUCGGUGGUCCUAUGCCGCUUUUUCCUUAACCUUCGACAAGCUGCUAACUCGCAUGACGCCACCGAUGUGCACUCGAGUAGGACAUUCUCCGGUACAACGUCGAGAAUUGUCGGGGACAUGGGCGAGAUGCUUCAAGAAUGUCCCUGCGAAGAAAGUACGCCCGUGGACGAGUACUACGAUAUCGAGGUCGAAAAUCUCGAUGCUCGAACGAUCCCAGACGGCGAUGAUGAGGUUGAUGGGUCUGCUGCUGUUGCAGAGGGACAUGUUGUGUAA